CCGGUUUCCAAUUUGAAAACGGGUGGUUGCCCCCGCAACGCGGGAAAAGCCUCCGGCGAGCAGCUAGCCAAAUAACUUCCUUUCCCAUCGCUGGGAUCCCGCCGGUGACAAUGGUAAGGUGGCUGCCGCCGCCGGUGACAGCGGACGGCGAGCUACCCUUCGGCCACGACGCCGUAACGUUUUCCUUCUUGGUGGCGUGCGUGGCCGCCACCGUCACGCUCGCGUCGUCCAUGUGCUCGGCGUGCGGCCGCAAGCCAAAGGCGGCCACCAACGCGGACCCGGCGGGGACGGGCUCCUCCGUCUCCGGUGGUAGCGGCAGCCAGGAGGCUGGCGGCGCGGAGGAGGCGGCGGUAGAGGAGGAGGUGGUGAGGCUGUCGCCGGAGCUGGCGAUGCACGGCGCCAUCGAGCCGGUGGCGCUGCCGUCGUCGACGUCGAGGCGGCGGCUGUCCAUCAGCGUGAGCAAGAAGCUGAGCCUGAAUAUCCCGGACAAGCUGCGGCUGAGCCGGCGGGAGCACAAGGACCACCACCAUCACAAGGUGGAGUCGGAGGACACACUGUGGAAGAAGGGCAUCAUCCUCGGGGAGAAGUGCAGGAUCCCGGGGGAGCGGGAGGCGGAGUGCGCCGACCCCGACGACGACGACAUCGCCGCCGCCAACUUCCGCCGGUCCAGCUACUCACGGCCCGUGUCGCGGUCAAGCUCGUUCGCCAUGCACCAGCCGCAGCACGACGCCCCCGGGCCCGCCUUGCACGCCUCGGAUACUUGACAGCCCGAGAGUAGGUGUACGUGUAGGCGUCAAAGGGGAGAAUCGGCGAAGGAUGCUACUAUGCUAGUGUGGUGUGAAGUGCAUUCAGAUAAUCAGGUUCAGAUGUUUGCUCUAUAAUUUUCUUGUGUCAUCUUAUCUUUGUGAAAUUGUGUGGUCUGGUCUAGAUGCAUGGACAGUCACCGAGAGAAGAUCCAGUUUGGAAACAAAGAAAUUUCGUAUCAAA